UUAGUGCAGGCAGGGUGUAUCAGUCGCCCCGCUCAGACGUGAUGUUUCAGCUGCAAAGCAAAUUAUAAAUACUGACAGAGUGCUCCAGACUUUAUUUGAGAGCAAAUGUGACCAUUUCUCAUUUCCUGACAGUCCCCUCCUGAAGGUUUUCAACACAGACAUCUUUUCUCUGUGCGCUCUCCAAAAAGCAGAAGACCACCGACCCCCCUUAUGUGGCCAUCUCACCACCAACAACAUGCAAUCAAGGAUCCGCCGAGGCAGUCGAGCUGAGCGGGGGUGAAGUAACAGGCUGCUGCUUUGGAGAAACCAGGAGAAACUUUGCUCCCUGGCUGGUGCACGGUGAACUGUGACCGCUGCUGCAUGAGGCUGUUAUGCGCGCCGCCUCUUACUUUUAUUUCUACGUGGGUGAGCAAGUGUGUGUUUGUGGCACCUCCCCGCUCCACCAUAGAUCUGGCUGCCCCCUUGUACCUAACAGGCUGCACCAUGUAUUCCUCCUGCACCUCCUGGCUACAUUAGUUAGUGUAGGAUCCUGAGUUUUCCUCCCCAGCCGACUCCCCCCUUGCUUUGGUUUGGACUCCGGACCGUGCGUCAUGCCGCGACACCUGAAGCGCACCCCGGUACCGUUGCAGGACUGCAUGGUUCCUCUGUAACUGGAUCUACUUUUUUUUGUUUUGUUUUUUUGGUUUUUUUUUGGAGGGGAGAGGAGGGCAUGCUCUCAUCGUCUCUGGAGAACACUUACAAAAAGGAGAAGAAAGUAGAAAGACGAGGGUGAGCAGCAGCGACAGAAGGAGGGAGAGAUAAUCUUAGAGAUUGUAACUUACUUGGUAGAUGUUUGAUCAGGCCACGACUAUGGGCGAUGGGAACCAUCGCUGUGGACCCAACCCGCUGUGUCCGGACCGGAUGGAGGCAAAGUGCCGAGCCGAGAUAGGGAGCCGGUCCCCGGUUCAGAGCUCCACCGACACCCCGGGGACAUCAGCGUCCACCCCGACGUCCUCCAGCGAAGACGGUCACGACAAACUUUUGGGAGUGGACCCUGACUACUGUCGAAGGAUAUUAGUAAGGGACGCCAAAGGCACCAUCCGGGAGAUCGUCCUGCCGAAGGGGCUCGACCUGGACCGGCCCAAGCGCACGCGGACCUCCUUCACCGCAGAGCAGCUGUAUCGUCUCGAGCUCGAGUUCCAGCGGUGCCAGUACGUUGUGGGGCGCGAGCGCACCGAGCUCGCCAGGCAGCUGAAUCUCUCAGAAACGCAGGUCAAGGUGUGGUUCCAAAAUCGGCGGACCAAACAGAAGAAGGACACCACCAAGGACUCAGACAAACGCUCCUCCACCUCGUCCGAAUCAUUGGCCACCUGCAACAUCCUGCGCCUCCUGGAGCAGGGGCGCCUCCUGUCGGGCCCCGCCCCGCCACCAAACCCCCUCCUGGGGCCUCCGCACCCGACGAACGGCUCCCUGCUGGGCAGCCCUGGCGGAGGCUCCUCCACCUCCCCCGGCAUCAGCAGCAACACUCCUCCCAGCUCCCUACCAGGGGGAACUUUUGGGCUGUCCCUGCCCUCGCUGGGCGCCACCCCACCCUCACCGCGGCUGGGUGUUCCUCCGCCACACUCCCUCUGCUUCUCCAUGCCUCUGCUUGGGGGCGCGCAUCAUGAACUGACAUCCACCUACGGCUGCGGGUCCUCGGCUUUUGAGCCGUACAUGCGGCUGGACAGGAAGGAGGCAGAUCUGGGUGGGAAGAAGACGGUUUCUUAAGUGAUAUUUCCCCACUUUAGGACACUAUGGGGACUGGGAGUUGUAUUUGUAAGAGCUUUUUCUCCUCAGUCUCUCACCCUGCUGCCCAUUUGACUCUCGAGCGGCUGAUGAGGCUGCAGACGAGGGGGGGGAAAGACUGCACCCUGGAUCAUGAGAAAUGUGAAAAAGGAAGAGACCAAGAGGCUUUCCUUGUGGCACCAUUUUGUGCCACAGCACUGUUUGGCACACUGACACAAAAUGGUGAGAAGGACGUGAUGUGACAGAGAGUGAUGAUACCACUCUCCCACAUAAAAAAAAGAAAAAAAAAAACAACUUGUGAAUUUUUGCAACAAUGCCGUGUGUGUAUGUUGACUGAACCCUGACAGACAGAUGUUUUUAUUGCCACUCUCUUCGCAGUGGUUUUAAGUGACUCUUCACUUUUGUCCAGUGAGUUUGUGCGUGUGGUUUCUCUCUAUACAGGCCUUCAUUUACUGUUCAGGAAAAAAAAAACAACAACAAAAAAACUUGACAUGGAUAGUUCAGACUGAAUCAGUGUCUGAAUGAGCGGUGCUUUAAAGAGAGCAGUUUGUACACAUUUCAGUACAUAUUCCCGUACAAGUGGCCAUGUUUGAUUUUAGUUUAUGUGCUAUCACAAUAUGGAAGAAACACUGAAAAAAAAAAAAGAAUCGUAGCAUUUUAAUAUCAGUCUGUUUGGUGUCCAGCAGUAGUUUUUGUAAAUUCUUUAUUUGGUUGUGUUUGUGUAUGAAAUAAUAUGUGGUAGAAUCUGGACAAAUGGUGCAAAAAUCACAUAUCUAGAUCCAAUAGUUUAAUAUAAAAGAACAUGGGAAGAAGAACAAUAGUUGCGUGAGAAAGCUGGUUAGACUCUGCCAAAGCAUUUAUGGAUUAAGCUUUGGAGAUGCCACACUCGUGUCCUCCAAUCACUGAAGCAAGUCAAGGUCAGGCUGAGAGAAAUUACUUUUGAACCCAGAUUAACUCUUCAAUCCUCACAGAUGUCACACUUUCCCCUUUUGUGUAAUUGUCUAAAAAGACACUCUCAUUUACUAAAUCUGACUCAAAGAAGAAGAGUUUUGAAACAAGUUUGUUUUUUAGAGAACCAAAUUCGAGGCUGUUAGUCUCCGUCAACGCUCAAUCCAGAGGUUUCUGUUUUUUAUCAGAGUAGUUGGGACGUACAUGACGACGAGCCAUGACAUGUAGAAUUUGUUGCUGUUUCAUCCGAUAUUUCAUUUUUUCUUCUUUUUUAGAAAAAUGUUUUGCAACAACGUCACAACGACAGAUAUCAGAUGUACUGUUUCUUUCAUCAGGUCAUAUCCAUAAUCAGAAGAACUCUCAAUGCAUUUCACACUGGAAACUUUUACUCUAUGCUUAGGAUGAGCUUUUUAAGAGUUGUUUAUGUGUCUUGAAACUGGUAUUUGUGUUUGCUCCGUGUUUCCUUUUUCAAUGUUUUCUGAUGACAUUUGGCUCGCCCUCCUGUUAGACAUUACCCGUCUUAAACGAAAAGAUUUCCUCUGCUUGUCCAUCAUUGAAAGCACUUUAUGUUUGUAGGUCUUUAUACACCCUCCCAAUUCUCCCUUUUUUAAUAUAUAUAUAUAUAUAUUUUAACAAUUUCAUGAACUUCUCAUUGAAAACACACUGAAAAACCUUAAACAGGUUUAGAAAAUUCUCCGUAGUAACAGUCAGGGUUUGACAUUUUUCUGAAUAAACGCCUCAGUUAUUUCCAAAUAAAGUGCAGCUUCCUUUCAGCUCCGUUUUUUAAUUGAUUAUUUGAACCUAAAUUGACCCAAACACACCUGGAAACAGCCCACUUUGAACCACACGUCACUGCGUUUGUGGACUGAGAAAACAUAUGUUAAAUUUAUGCAGGGCAGGAUGAAGAAAGAAAGAGGAAGGAUCAGCUGUAGUAUUUUUCUCCCCCCCCCUCAUAUGAUGCCAUUUGUCCAGGUUUUCUUCAUACCCAAAAGAAAAUCUAAAACUCACCCGCAAGAACCUGCAAUUCGUAGCAGUUUGCCCUCAAUUUGUGAGUGUCAGAUGAGUUAUUGCCCCUUUUCAUAACUCCUGUCUCUCGUCUGUUUGGUGUUUCUCAUUUUCACCUCUUAUUUUCCCAUGUAUCUGUUCAUGUCCAGGUUUCUUCUCAUUGUGAGGUGUAAUACGUUUUUUCCGAUCCCUUUUCUCUCACGCUCGGUGAAGGUGACUCGACAUCUAUUAAAAACAGACACUCCCAUGACAUCAAUUUAAAAAGAAGCGCCUACAAGUCAAGGCCGAGCAUGUUUCCAGCUGCAGAUAAAUCUCUCGUGGAGUGCAUGAAAAGGUUCUGAACUAAACAAUGACCUCAGCCUAUGAAAACUCCCAGUCUGCCGGCUCACCGGGCCUUUUUGCACCCGUGUAACUCCGGCUGGUAGCUAGUGAUUUGUUUGUUGUGUUCAGACGCAAGCAGUGCUGCAAAAACGCCUGUUAUCUCCUCGCGGCUCUUUGCAGCAGUGCACCUCUGCUGUUGUUGAACACUGUAUUAUUUUCUAUAAGCACCAUCCAUAAUUCACACGCUGCGGCAUCAAAUAUUGAGCAGAGAGAUGGAGCUGAGAGGUCAGGAGGCUUGCUUCUCGUGUAAGGCCCGUUGUAGCCUCUUACGAAUCCUUUUUUUUUUUUUUUUUUCAAAAUUCAACAUCUUUACUCACAACAGGGUCGUUACGCUUUCUUGUUAAGUUGCUGCCCUGCUGCGUCGUCACUAAAACACAGUAUCUGAUCCCAUUUUUGUCGGAGUAUUUACAUUUUUUUUGUCACUCCAUACUUGAUCAGGUUCUAGCUGCACUAGAACGUGCAUAAAUAAGUUAUCAACAUGCUCUUAAUUAACAAAAACUUAACAAAGUGGGAAAUCAUUUCUGCUUGUAAAAAAACUCACUGAAUGAAGCUACUUGUCAGUUCUUUCUCAGUUGAUGUGGCAGGAAAAGAAAAGUUAAAGAAACAGUUUUUUGUGCUUGUGGUUUCUCUCACUCCAUACGUCCCUCGACAUGCAGCACUGCCUCCAUAUUCUGUAUCUCUAUAAGAUGGUGUUUUGUAAUGUAAAUCCGCAGUGUCUGUUGUUACGCUCAGUCAUGACAAGGCAGCGCGAGGAGAUGCCACUUCUCUCUUCCAGGCACGUACAGGAAACAGAAAGAAACUUUGUAAAGCCUUGCGUCAGUUAAACGAAGCCUAUUGUUUUUUAAUUUUUUCUGAUUUCUUUAGCCUCCUUUCAGUUUCUUGUCAUCCUCGCUGAGUGGAAGCGGCGCUUGUGUUUGUGUGCAAUCUGUGACAUCCUGCACUUGUUUCGGUUACCACAGGUCUCAAAGCUCCAUUUCAAAGACAUAAAGGGGGCCUUCAAAUGGCUCCAACCACCGCAUCAUGAUCUAUGCUGAUGGGUAAAGUCCUUUGAGAUUGUGUGGAAAUGUUCUUUUAUUUUUAAAUGAAGUGAUUCUGCUUGGUUUACUUUUUCUUUAUGCACAGCCAAGGUCCUGCAUAUAGGCCAUAACUUCUCUUUUUCUUUGAGCAGUAAAAGUUAAUGUCAAGCUAAUGGUACCAGCUACUACUUAUGAUGAACAAACUCUAUGUACAUAGAUAUAAAUUUAUAUAUAAUUAUAUAUAAAUGGGUCUUUGCACAAGUAUCUCCAUGUCCGCUCCAUGUGAUUUUAACAGGAAAAACAAAAUGCGAAGGAAAGUUCAGAAAAAAAAAGACUUUAUAUAUGCUUUACAAUUCUUUGUCUCAUUAACAUUUUGCACUUAUUUAAAGAGGCUUACUUCUGUUUCUGGGCUGACAGAGCUGUUUUCACGCUCG